CUUGGAACUCGGCGGAAAGAUACAUGAUUUAUAAUGGGGAGUCUGUUGAAGAGGAAACAGUUUGUCUCAUCAGACGACGUAAAGUGUCCGUCCUUCCAAGCCAGCCUUGAAACUCCCAUUUAUCAAUUCAACCAACUAUGCAAACUUCCAGCUUCCUCCUUGCGUCGUUCCUUGUUGUAUUGUCUGUGACAUCUGGCGCGUUCGCCCAAACCUGUUCGGCCGAGGGCAAAACCGUCACCGCGACAGGGUUCGUGAUGGACAACUACUGCAUCGAUUUGGGGAACCUUAUGGACAACCCGACCGUAAAGACACUCGAGGGCCCUGAAGUGCACUCAAUCCACUGCCUCGUGGACCUCGAGCCGUGCGUGGACUCGUUGUACACGUUGCUGGCGCCUCCCGAGAACGGCUCCAACCUGUACACGGUCAAGUACCAGUUGGGUGUGGCCGGCUCCGCGUUGGCCAAGAACUACGCGGAAAACGCGCGUUUGUUGGGUGGAGAGAAGGGCUUCAGUGCGACCGUGACGGGGGUGGACGACGGCACUCCCGAGUUGAAGUGCGUGACACUAUCCAAUACGGUCGUGGUGGACGGUAAGCCGCUGACGUUGCCGUCCGUGUCCCCCGACCCCUCCACCGCCGCCCCCUCCACCACUGCUGCUCCCUCCACCACUGCUGCUCCCUCCACCACUGCUGCUCCCUCCACCACUUCCGCUUCCUCCACCACUGCUGCUCCCUCUACCACUGCCGCUCUCUCCACCACCGCAGCUCCCAACACAACUGCCGUGUCUGGCACGCCUACUACAACUACUACACCUACUACUUCCACUGCAGCCUCGAACACGACAACCAGUCCUGCUGCGUCUUCUGGCGACCCAUUGGCGUUGCCCUCUGUAGCCGCUGCCGUCGGGAUUGUGGCACUUUCGCUUACACUCUAAAUAUUUCUAGUAAUGAAGAAAAAUAUAAACUGUUGUCA